AUGGCCGACCAAUACACAGAUAUCAAGUUGGAGAUCAAGGGCCAGAUUGGAAUCAUCAAAUUCAACCGGCCCAAAGCCCUGAACUCGUUCGGCGGCAACCUGAUGCAGAACACCAUCUCCGCGCUGCGCACCCUGAACGAGCACCCAGACACAAUCUUCACCGUGCUCACAGGCGAGGGCCGUUUCUUCUCCGCAGGCGCUGAUGUCACGAGCAUCACCCACGACGAUUCCAACCCGACGGAUCUGGCGGAGAAGAAGAUGAAGUUCUUGGGGAGAUUUUCACUCGCACAAGAGCUCCUCCGAUCCAUGAUCGACCAUAAGAAAGUUUUGAUCCUAGCGCUCAACGGCCCGGCCGUCGGCGGCGGCGCAGCCUGGUUCCCGGGAAUCGCCGACAUCGUCCUCGCGUCGUCGACCGCGUGGUUGCAAUGUCCCUUCUCAGCGCUCGGUCUGGUGCCCGAGAACGGGUCUGCGCUCUCGUUUGCGCAGUCCAUUGGCAUCCAUCGCGCCAACGACUUCCUUAUGUUCGGGCGCAAACUCACGGCCCAAGAGCUGCUCGAUGCGGGUUUGUAUAACUAUGUCUGGGAGGAGACAGGAGAGCAGUUUCAGCAGAAGAUGGUCAAGUUUCUGGAGGACCAGUUGGCUGUCAAUGAUGGGAAGAGUAUGUGCGAGAUGAAAAGGUUGCAGAAUGAGCCGAUUCGAGACCAGAGGUUGCUUGCCGUUGUGAGGGCUGUGGAUGCGUUGAGCGAGAGGUUCGUAGAGGAUGCGCCGAAGCAGAGGUUUGAAGCGAAGAGGAAGGAGCUGGAUGAGAAGAGGGCCGCAAGGUCAAAAAUAUAG